AUGAAAAAACUCUUAGAAAAGACAAAACAGAGGAAGUAUAUAAAGGAGAACUCAAAAAUAUAUGAUAAAAAGGAUAACAGUAAAGGGAGAAAUAAGUCAAACAUAACAGCAAAUAAAGAAUUACAUUAUGUCGUAAAACUACAUUCAGAAGAGGAAAACAAUGAUAAGAGACAUGCCCAUAAAGAGAAAAAUAAAGAUCAAAAAAGAAGAAAAAAUAAAAGAAGAAGUUUGUCUUUACUUACGCCUAACUAUGAAAAGGACAUUAUAAAUAACAUAAAAUUAGCUGACAAAUUAUAUAAACUAACGAUUGAUAAGAAUAGAGGAGAUUCAGACAAUUCGAAUGAUGUGGAAAAAUCGGACUGUAAAUAUCGUAAAGGAAAGAAAAACUCACAUAAUGAGAAAAAAAUAUAUUGCAAAAAUAGAAGAAGCCUUAGUUGCAAUAAUUAUGAUACAGACACUAGUAACAGUGCCAAGAAAAAUAAGAAAUUUGAUAUAAAUAUAAAUGAAAUACAAACGAAUUAUAAAAAUAAAAACAUUAAAAUUAUUUAUGAUGAUGGGUAUUCCAAAAAAAUUAUUCUUAGGAAAAAGAAAAAGAAGGGGGAGAAGAAUGUAGGGGAGAAGGAGGGUAGCGAAAAGUACAAGUACGAAUUGAGGCAUAGUGAUGAGAAAGAAGAGGAUCUGACGGACGAAAAUGAAGAGGUGGAAGAGGAUGAUAACGAGGAAGAAGAAGAAGAUUAUGACGAUGAGGAAGAAGAAGAUUAUGAUGAUGAGGAAGAAGAAGAUUAUGACGAUGAGGAAGAAGAAGAAUAUGACGAUGAGGAAGAAGAUGAGUAUGAUGAUGGGGAAGAAGAAAUGCAUGAUGACAAAGAAGUGUAUGAUAAUGGUAACGCAGAUGAAGGCAUACGAAAGAUAAAGAAAAAAAAUUAUAUCUCUAGUCCUAAACGUGAAGGCAAAAAAAAAAACCAACAAAGAGAAGGGAAAAAAAAGAUCAUAAGAAAUAAUUCUGUAGCAUUAAGUGAUAGUUACUUCAUCGAAAAGAGGAAGAAAAAUAUUAGAAAAAAAAAAGGAGCAAUUUCCACAAAUAAAUCUAUAGGAGGUAAAAAAAAGAAAAAAAGAAAAGAAAGAAGUGAAUCAAUAGACAGAACAAAAAAAGAAAAUAAUAAUUAUGGAAGAAAAGUAAAAAAUGAAAAAAAUAGUUUUAAUUCAAAUAUUAAUGAAAGAAGAAAUGUUGGAAAUAAAAGCAAUUUUGAAGAAUUGGAAAUAUUUAAUCGUGAUAAUGAUAAUGAUAAGAUGAGAAGAACUUUAACUUAUCAACAUUUUAAUACAACUAGAGAGGUUAAUACAAAUUUUAUUCAUAACAUAAAAGAUAUAAUUUCAAAGAUGCACCUAAACUUGAAAAAUAUUAAAGAAACUAUAAGAAUUAAAAAUGACUAUAUAAGAUCACUGUUCGAUUCGUCGUACCGCAACGUAAUUGAUUAUGUAAAGCGAAGUGAGAUAAAAAAAGAUAAUUUCUAUAAAAUAAUUUUUCACGAUCUCUUCAAUUUAUUGAAUGAGUUUAUUAUGGUUGAUGAGUACACGAAAAAAUUUUUUUUUAGUAUCGAAACAAACGUUAGACAAAGAUGCUUAGAAAAUAUUAAAAAUGAAUUUUAUAAUUUUAUAAAUAGGUAUUUACAGUCAGCUGAAGGCAAAAACAUAUAUAAUCUCAAAUGCAUGAACGAAUUGCCAUAUGGUAACAAAUACGCUAGCAACCAUAACAACACGCUUAUGCAUACAUCGGAUAAUAAAAGAACGAGUUUGUAUUCUACUCUGUCAUUUUACAACAGCCGCAAUAGGAAGGGCAGUCAUAAUAUUAGCGGUAGCAACAACAGAAGUAGUUACAACAUCAGCAGCAACAACGGCAGUGGUAACAACAUUUGUAGCAACAAUACCACAUAUGACUCAGGUGAAGAUAGAGGAAGCUGCUUUCAUUUAAAUAGUCUACAUAAUAAUGAACACGUGAAAAACGAACUUUUAAAAAUAGAGGGAAUAGGUGAUGAUCUGGUACUAAAGGUCAAAAAAUCAAAUAUAUUCCAAAAUUGUAGUGAACAAGAAGAUACAUUAGAAUAUUUAAAAAGUGUAAUUAAAAGCGAAAAAGAGAAAAAUAUUAAAUUAGAAUUACAAUAUGAUGAAUUAAAACAAAAAUAUUCUUUACUAAAAAAGAAAAGAGAAGAAGACAUUCUUAAUGAAGUUCAUUUAUCACAUGACAGUUUUGGAAAUGAAGAUAAUAUUUACAAUAAAUUUUACAGGAGCAAGUCGAUUCUUAAAUUAGAAGAGAAAAAGUUAGGGGACUGCUCUCAACAAAUUGUUGAUGAGAGUGUAAGACUUCAUAAAAUAAAACAAAUAAACGAACAAAACAAAAAAGAAUUAGAAAAUGAUAUGAACGAUAUUGAAACGAAGAAAAAAGAAAUAGAGCUUGAAAAAGAGUUAAUAAAAAUGAAAAAGAAGGACUUGGAACAGGAAAAUUCGUUACUGCUAAAAAAUAGGAAAGAAAUAGAAGACCAAAAUGAUUUGAUAAAAAGGAAAAAUAAGGAAAUUGAAGAGGAAACUAACUUAUUGAAUGAAAGGAGGAAAGAGAUGGAAGAGGAACAGGUGCGACUGGAUGAGAAGAAAAAGGAAAUGGAAGAUGAACGAGUUCAGAUGGAUGAAAAGAGAAGGGAAGCGGAAGAUGAACGGGUUCAGCUGGAUGAAAAGAGGAAGAAUGUGGAAGAUGAACGGGUGCAACUAGAUCAGAAGAAAAAGGAAAUGGAGAAUGAAAACAUUUUCCUGGAAGAAAAAAAGAAGGAAGUAGAAAAUGAAAUCAUUUUCCUGGAAGAAAAAAAGAAGGAAGUAGAAAAUGAAAAUAUUUUACUGAAUGAAAAAAAGAAGGAAGUAGAAAAUGAAAAUAUUUUACUGAAUGAAAAAAAAAAUAUGAUACAGAAGAGAUGCACUUUAAUUGAAGAAGAGCUAAUCCAAAUGCUUGAUGAAAAGAAUUGUUUAGAGGAAAGAAUUGACCUAAUGAAAAGUGAAGAACAUGCCAUGAAAAAAAAAAAUAGAGAAAAUGAAAAAGAGGUGGAAGAGGGAGAUGACGGAAUAAGUGAACAUAUUGAUGGUGUGGAAAAUCCAGUGAAUAUAGGAAAGGUACCUGACUCAUUUGUUUUGAAUAACCAGAAUUUGGAAAAUUUAAAAAGUUUUAAAAAUUUGCAAAGCUUAAAAAAUUUAGGAAAUUUACAAAGCUUAAAAAAUUUAGGAAAUUUACAAAGCUUAAAAAAUUUAGAAAAUUCGGAAAGUUUAAAAAAUAAUAAUAUAACAAAGAAAAGAAAUGAAAAUGACCUACACUUAACUUUAGAUAGAAUCUCAACAGAACAUAUGGAAAAUGCAAGUAUUAAUAACAUGAAUAAUUUAUCAUCAAAAGAAAGAAGACACAGCAUUUUAUCUCGUCUAGGUAGUAAGAAAUAUUCUGUAAAAGAUGGCAUAAAUAAUAAAAACAGUAUCGACAUGCAAAGAAGACAUACGCAGCAAAAUUACGGAAAUGAGUUCACUAACGAAGUAGCAUCGAAUAAUGAAGAAGAUAAUAUUAACACUAAGAAUAGCGUAAUGAUAAUGCUAAAAAAGGAAUUAGUAGAAAGAGAGGAAUUACUAUUAGAUAGAGAAGAAAAAAUGAAUGAUGAAAAAGCUAAAUUUCAAAAUGAAUUAAAUGAAUUAAAUAUAUUAAAGGAAGAUAUUUCGAGAAAAAUAGAAAUUAUAGAGCUUAAGGAAGAACAGCUUAAUAAAAGAGAGGAAGAAUUAAAAGUAAAAGAAAUGAUUAUACUAAGCAAGGAAAAAGAAAUAGAAGAGUAUUCCCUAAAAGAUAUAGAACAUAAUAAUAAACAUUCCGCAAAAAAAAACAGUAUGUAUAAUUCAGAAAUGGCAAAUAUUCUAGGCACAAAUUCAUUAAAACAUUUUGAAAGAAUGAAUGAUGAUACUGAUCUUUAUGAAUUGGCAAAAAGUAACAAUAUAUGCAAAGCAGAUAUGGACAAUUUAGAGAAUCUUAGGAACGAACUGAGUAAUUCCAAAAAUUGUGCCUUAUUAGAUUAUCAUAUGAAUGAACCGGAUUACAAUGAAAUAGAAUUAAACGAUUCAACUAAAAAUAUUUGUGCCUUACACUUUGAAAGUAGUAAUAAUCAUUCGCGUAACAAAAAUAUGAAGGACAAUUCAACUAAAUUGACAGAUUAUUUUCCUUUAUUAGAUAAUACUCUUCAGAAUAGCUCAGUUAAAAGUAAUGUAGACUCGAUUAAGGAAUAUUUAAAUAAGAAAUUAAUAGAAAUAGAAAAGUACAAAAAACUAUUAAAAAGUAGAGAUUUAGAAAUUAGUUCAUUAAAAACUGAGGUAGAAAAACUACAAAAGGAAAAAAAAUGGACAGGAGAUGGUAUAUAUGAAUUUAACAAUUCUAUGACUAACUCAAAAAAAGAUAAUUCCCCUUUUAAUAAGGAUAAUACAGAAGAUUCGCUGAUGAAGGAAUGUAAUUAUGCAGCGUCACUGCAAGACUCAGGAAACAAUGAUAUAGACUUUUCAUCAGAAAAAGGAAGUGUUAAACCGAACACUAAUUUUUUAGACCACUUGUGUGAAAUGGAUAAGCAAAGCUUAAAUAUAACACAAUUGAAUACCCAGGAGAAGAUUAAAAAUAUGAUAAGUAAUGAGCUAAUAACUGUAUAUAAAGAAAUAAGCAACAUUAAGGAAGAAUAUAAUACGAAUGUCCUUAAAAAGAACGAAUUUAUCGGAGCCUUGUUACUUAAAUUCUUCAACGAUUUAAGAAAUAAUUGCAAAUUGAAAGAAAAUUACUAUCAAAAAGAAUCGAAAAAAAGUCAUGCACUUAUUAGCGGAAAGGAAUGCUACAUUAAAGAACUUAAGAGCGCACUACAAGAAAAAAAGAUAAAAGAAGUAUCUUAUAAAAAGAUGUUAUUAAAAAUGAAUCAAAUAAAUGAUUCUUAUAAAUUAAAAAAUAAAAGAAGUUUAUCAACGGUCGAAAUGCUAAAACAAGAUAUAAGGCUUUUGAGCCAAGAUGUUUUAAAAAAAAAGGAAAUGAUAAAAAAAUUUGAAGUAUCUCAGUGA